AUGGUAUUUCUCCGCUCAUUCUCACGGGUUGCCCGCCCUGCCACCUCCCUCCUCUCCGCACGAGCCGGUCCUCGUCUCACCGGAGGAGCCUCCUUCGCUCGCCAACCCAAUGCGAUCAGAACGCUGACAGCAACUGCUACACAACAGGGCAAAGUACUUCUCGUACUGUACGAUGGUGGCGUCCACGCCGAGCAGGAGCCCAAGCUCCUAGGUACCACUGAGAACGAGCUCGGCAUCCGCAAGUGGAUCGAGGACCAGGGACACACUCUCGUCACCACCUCGGACAAGGAGGGCGAGAACUCCAAGUUCGACCAGGAGCUCGUCGACGCAGAGGUCAUCAUCACCACUCCCUUCCACCCCGGUUACCUCACUGCUGAGCGUCUCGCCAAGGCGAAGAACCUCAAGAUUGCCAUCACCGCUGGUAUCGGUUCCGACCACGUCGACCUCAACGCCGCCAACAAGACCAAUGGCGGUAUCACCGUUGCUGAGGUCACUGGCUCCAACGUCGUGUCCGUCGCUGAGCACGUGGUCAUGACCAUCCUCACCCUCGUCCGCAACUUCGUCCCCGCCCACGAGCAGAUUGCCGCCGGCGAGUGGAACGUCGCUGCCGUCGCUAAGAACGAGUACGACCUCGAGAACAAGGUCGUCGGUACCGUCGCUGUCGGCCGUAUCGGUGAGCGUGUGCUCCGCCGUCUCAAGCCCUUCGACUGCAAGGAGCUGCUCUACUUCGACUACCAGCCCCUUUCUCCUGAGAAGGAGAAGGAGAUUGGCUGCCGCCGCGUCGAGAGCCUCGAGGAGAUGCUCGCACAGUGCGAUGUUGUCACCAUCAACUGCCCGCUCCACGAGAAGACCCGCGGUCUCUUCAACAAGGACCUCAUCUCCAAGAUGAAGAAGGGCUCAUGGCUCAUCAACACCGCCCGUGGCGCCAUCGUCGUCAAGGAGGACGUUGCCGAUGCCCUCAAGUCCGGCCAGCUCCGCGGCUACGGCGGCGACGUCUGGUUCCCCCAGCCCGCGCCCAAGGACCACCCGCUCCGCUACGCCCAGAACCCCUGGGGCGGAGGCAACGCCAUGGUUCCCCACAUGUCCGGAACCUCGAUCGAUGCACAGAAGCGCUACGCCGAGGGCACAAAGGCCAUCCUCGACUCAUACUUCUCCGGUCGCCACGACUACAAGCCCGAGGACCUCAUCGUCCACGGCGGAGACUACGCCACCAAGGCGUACGGCCAGCGCGAGAAGAAAUAA